UUCAGUUUUGAUCUUUUUUUCCACCUCACAGCAUCGACACUGGUCUCUUUCAGCAAUAUCUAAAACCCAAUUGAUCUCGUUCGGCAAUCCAAAACCUCACAUGCUUCGCUCAGUGGUCCCAACAGCGCGCGCCUGUCGCGGCGGCAGCUCCCUCGCCUAUGUCGCAAGCUCAAUUACCCCCGCUUCUAGGUAUAUAGCUCGGGGAGCAUCCUCAAAGCUUACUGCUAGGAACUCCCUCAUCACUCCUCGUGCAAUCACACGGUCCAUUCUCGUAUCACAAACCCGCGCCUUCUCUGCAACUUCCAACAUGAGCGCAUCUACAAGAGCUGAAUCCGAUGCCUUUGGCGAGAUUCAAGUUGAAUCUGAUAAAUACUGGGGUGCCCAAACGGAGAGAUCAUUGGGGAACUUCAAGAUCAAUCAGCCACAAGACCGCAUGCCGCCUCCGCUGAUCCGAGCUUUUGGUAUCCUCAAGGGCGCCGCGGCGACUGUAAACUUGAAGUUCGGCUUAGACCCCAAGAUCGGUCAAGCCAUUCAACAGGCUGCCGAGGAAGUUGCUUCCUUGAAACUUAUUGAGCACUUCCCCUUAGUCGUCUGGCAGACUGGAUCCGGCACCCAGUCAAACAUGAAUGCGAACGAGGUUAUCUCGAACCGAGCUAUCGAAAUACUUGGUGGCACCAUGGGAUCCAAGAAGCCAGUACACCCUAAUGACCAUGUCAACAUGUCAGCUUCUUCGAAUGACACCUUUCCCACGGUCAUGCAUAUUGCCGCGGUUCUUGAGUUCGAAGAGCAGCUCCUGCCAGCAAUGAAGAGCCUUCGCGAUGCUCUCGACAAGAAGAGCAAGCAGUUCGAGAAGAUAAUAAAGAUUGGGAGAACUCAUCUACAAGAUGCUACUCCUUUGACGCUUGGACAGGAAUUUUCUGGUUAUGUUACCCAGCUCGACUUUGGCAUGGAGCGAGUGAAGUCGGCUCUCCCGCGCCUACGAAUGUUGGCCCAAGGCGGGACUGCAGUCGGGACCGGUAUCAACACGUUCAAGGGAUUUGCUGAAGGGAUAGCGGAAGAAGUGACCAAAAUGACCGGCCACGAGUUCAUCACUGCGCCAAACAAAUUUGAAGCUCUCGCUGCACACGAUGCUAUUGUCGAAGCCCAUGGACAACUGAACACUGUUGCCACCUCGCUCUUCAAGAUUGCUCAAGAUAUCCGCUUCCUUGGCUCUGGCCCACGCUGCGGUCUUGGUGAGCUCAAUCUUCCAGAGAAUGAACCUGGAUCUUCAAUCAUGCCAGGGAAGGUCAAUCCGACUCAGUGCGAGUCGCUGACCAUGGUGUGCACGCAAGUGUUCGGUAACAAUGCCGCAACAACUUUUGCGGGCUCACAGGGCAACUUUGAACUGAACGUCUUCAAGCCCGUCAUGAUUCAUAAUUUACUCCAUAGUUCACGGAUUUUGACUGACAGUAUGAGGAGUUUUGAAGAAAACCUCGUCGUGGGCUUGGAGGCCAACGAGACCAGGAUCAAGGCUAUUCUCAAGGAAAGUCUCAUGCUCGUGACCUGCUUGAAUCCCGUCAUUGGCUAUGACAUGGCCUCCAAGGUCGCAAAGAACGCUCACAAGAAAGGGUUAACGCUGAAGGAGAGCGCCAUGGAACUGAAGGCCCUGAGCGAGGAGGACUUCGACAAAUACGUUAGACCAGAGCUGAUGAUCGCUCCCAAAGAGAAAUCAUAGUAGGCAUCACGGCA